AAUUUGCCGUUCCAAAUGUACGCAAUCUCGCUGCGACCGUUAAGGGAUCUCGUUCAGGAAGCCCACAACCCUGGCCAAGAAGACCGGAGCUCCAAUACUGACUGAGAGGAUCAUAUUACAUCUCUCGCACCUGUUCUGUCGCCUACCGCCCGAACCUCAAUUCUCCACUACGCACACCGCCAUGGGAUCCAACGAUAUCCCGCCUCCUCAUGUGCCUUCUGCAUACCACGCAACAUGUACGGUCCUCCUCGCUAUUGGUGGCUGCCUAUGGACUGUGACCUACGUUCUUAUGAUCCGACAGUCACUACGUGAUCGAACCUAUUCAAUGCCUCUCGCCGCCCUCGCCUUUAACUUUGCUUGGGAGAUCAUGUUCACGAUCUACAUCUCCGAGACUAGCCUAGAAAAAUCUGUUUUCGCCUGCUGGAUGGUCUUAGACAUAGGGCUUGCGUAUACAAUGGUGGAAUACGGCGCCAACGAGUGGAGACACGCGCCUGUUGUUGGUCGACACAUUGGGAAGAUACUGCUCGGGUCUGUGCUCUGGAUUUGUUGGGCUCUCUGGGCUUUCUCGUCUUGGUGGGUUGACCUGGCAAACCCGAUCAACCCAAAAGAUGGCAAGAUAUUCAGAGGCGUAGUAGGGCCAGAUACUACGGAGCUUGGAUACUGGACGUCGGUUGUGGCUCAGGUUUUGCUUUCGGCGAUGCUACUCGCUCAACUAAUCGUGCGUGGACACAGUGGGGGUGCCUCGUACAUGAUCUGGAUGGCACGUUUUUUUGGUAGUCUAAGUGGGCAGGUCAUAUAUUAUGGCUAUUGCUAUUAUGUUUGGUCAGAGGCUCACGGAUAUUUCAUGAGUCGCUUCUCCGUAUGUUUAUGGAUGACAUGGAUCCUCGCUGAUCUGGCCUAUCUAGUUGUGCUGAAGAAAGUCAAGGGGUCUGAAAUAAUUCUUAAGGAUGGGCGAAAGAUAAGGGGCGAGACAGAGGCGCUUCUACAUGCAGCCCAGAUGGCGUCUUCCGAUAAUGAUGACGAGGAACUUCGACAGGCUAUUGCAAUGUCCUUGGAAGAGUCGAAACCUCCCGCACCUUCAUCUACCAGCAACCCUUCCGAACCUAUGCCAAACUCGGAGGCUUCGUUUGAUGAAGAUAUGCGGAGAGCUAUUGCCUUAUCCCUUGAAGAGAGUGUGCCAGAGAUCAACUCCACUCCACUUCCAAAUCAGAAUUCCAAGCCUACAUCUUCGGUGCUACAAGGCUGGCAUGGAAUAGAUCGGAAAGCAAUGGAGCAAGAGAGGCUUGCAAGGCUCGGAAAGAGAAAGCGAUCUGUUUCUCCAGGUGCCCCAUCAAAGGCAGCGAAACAAGAAGUCGGUUCAAACUCAACACUAGAGAACCCGACAGAGUCGAGCGCACCAGGACAUCCGCCUAUUCAAUACCCUCGUGGAGUGAUCAAGCGGACAUGGGCCUUCAAACACAAACGAACCAACGACAUCAAGAUUGAAGAAGUGCUCCAAGCCCCAACCCUCAACAUUGCCGUCCUCAGCGCAUUCGACUGGGAUGUUGAUUGGAUAUUCUCCAAACUCGAUCCGGUAAAGGUCAAGCAGAUCUGGAUUAUGAACGCUAAAGGCAAAGACCUGCAAGAGCAAUGGCGACGCGAUGCAGCUGAGCAAAGUGUUCCAAACCUCAAGAUGCACUUUCCGCCUAUGGCCAGCCCGAUUCAGAACAUGCAUAGCAAGCUGAUGCUACUAUUUCACGACACACACCUUAGAAUUGUCCUGCCGACUGCAAACCUCAACAAGUUUGAUUGGGGAGAAACGAACCUCAAUGUACGCACCAAACAGAUGGAACAAGCUGCAGUCAUGGAAAAUUCAGUCUUCUUAAUUGACUUGCCACGAUUUCCGGAUGGCAAAGCAGGGGCAAGGGAAGAUUUGACAUGGUUUGGGAAAGAGCUACUCUACUACCUGGAGGCCCAAAAACUUGGAGAGACCUCGAAGAACGCAGUGGAAGGCGUACUGAAAUUCGACUUCUCCCAAACUAGCCACUUGGCCUUUAUCCAUUCCAUAGGCGGACGACAUGCCAGUGCGGGUGCGCAUUGGACUGGGCUUCCUGGUCUUUCCAUGUCACUUCAUAGGUUAAACCUGGGUGAAGUCUCACAAAUUCAACUGGACUAUGCUACGUCUUCCGUGGGAGCUCUGAACUUAGAGUUCUUGAAGAAACUGUAUAUCUCCGCUUGCGGGCUACCCCCAUUCAAAGACCACAACAUUCCUAAUGAUUCCAUCCUUUCCCAAUUUCGUUUCUACUUCCCGAGUCAGGCCACUGUGGAGAACAGCACAGGUGGAGUGGCGUGCGGCGGUACCAACACGCUAAAUGAGAACCAUUUCUCCUCUUCUGCGUUUCCGGUCCUGUCCAUGCGCGACUAUAAAUCCACGAAACCAGGAGUCCUCUCUCACAACAAGAUCCUCCUAGCACGAGGACGCCGCGGAAAGGAAAAUACACCCUUUGCGUGGGCUUACAUUGGCUCUGCGAAUCUCACCGAGUCGGCGUGGGGAGCCCAGAAGCUGGCUAAGGCUCAGAGGAAAGAAGGGGAAGAAUGGGGGAAUACCGGGAUGCCUUUGCAGCGAGGAGACAAACUUGAGGUUCGGAAUUGGGAGUGCGGCAUUUUGGUACCUGUUCUUGACGAUUCACUCGAGGAUCUCAAAUUAGGCCCAAGCGAGGUGCCUCCGAUCAGCGUGUUCGAAAAGACGCUUGAAAUCCCAUUCCAGUACCCUGGGGAGACGUAUAUUGGAGAGAACAAUUCGCAACAAAAGAAGCCGUGGUUUUUCAGGAGCCAGGGAAACAUUGCUAUGGUUAACAGACUCGAACAGGCAAGGAAGACACCACGUUAAUUGAACAUUGGAGGAAGUUGC